GGUUGUGGCGCAUGUGUGUGUCUAGCUCUACUUGUGGACGAGGCCAAUCCUACAGGGCUUGUCUUGUGAGAGUACAUAUGUCUUGGCAUCGAUCCAGGCCACACAAAAAUCACUUGAGGUUAGUACAACCCCUUGGGCGCCGGGGAAUUAAUAGGGAAAGACGAUGAUGAGCAGGGAGGAGCGGUGGAGCCUGGCCGGCGCAACGGCGCUCGUCACCGGUGGCAGCAAAGGGAUCGGGCAUGCGAUCGUGGAGGAGCUGGCAGGAUUCGGCGCCCGUGUGCACAUGUGUUCCCGGAACGCGGAGGAGUUGGAGGAGUGCCGGCACCGGUGGGACGAGAAGAGGUUCCAGGUCACCGUGUCCGUCUGCGACGUCUCCUCCCGUGCGGACAGGGAGAAACUCAUGGAGACGGUGAAACAAAACUUCGACGGCAAGCUCGACAUACUAGUGAACAACGCAGGACGGGUUGAUGGUAAAAUAGCUACCGAGUACACGGCGAGAGACUACUCGACAAUCAUGGCGACCAACUUGGAGUCCAGCUUUCACCUCAGCCAACUGGCACACCCUCUCCUCCUCCGUGCCUCCAUCGCUGGAGGAGGCAGCAUCAUCAACAUCUCUUCCAUCGGAGGCUUGAUCGGCUACCCAGGCCUCGCUGUCUAUGGCAUCACAAAAGGGGGAAUGAACCAGCUUACGAGGAGCCUAGCUACCGAGUGGGCCCGGGACAAGAUCCGUGUCAAUUGCGUCGCACCGGGAGCGAUCAAGACUGACAUGACCAAAAAGAUGGAGUCGGAGGCCCUUGAGCAAGAGGUCUCGAAAGUCCCCAUGAGGCGUGUCGGCACACCACUGGAGGUGGCAUCAGUGGUGUCGUUCCUCUGUAUGCCGGCGGCUUCCUUCAUCACCGGCCAGGUCAUUAAUGUUGACGGCGGACGAACAAUCAGUGCUUAGUUAGAUGCUUCCUCGUCAUCAUGGAUCCAAACAAAGAAAUUCAACCCGCAGGACGUGCCUAUACGCAGCAUGACAUUCUUAAUUCGAUGCUUCUAGCUAUGAAUCCUUUAGGGUUUAAAUUUUGGGAAACUGUAAGACAUUGGUUCUCUUAGGAAUAUUCUAACUUUGGAAUUUGUUUGAAAACUAAUUUCAACAA